AUGGCCAGCGAGAAAGGCGUAUCACAUCAAGAAGAGAUGGCUGCGAGCAGAGGUGGACGUCGCACGUUCGGACAGAAGCUCAAGCGAUCGUGCCAGCGCUUCUGGUGGAUUUAUCUGUUUGUCUUCAUCGGCAUCGUGUUGGUCGUGGUGCUGCCAAUCAUUUAUGUCGGAUAUCCGAAGAUGGCACAGUCGAGUGUGAAUGAGUCGAAACUCCAUGUCACAGCAGAGUCGAUCUUGAACCCUGCACCGAACGCGUUUGACCUGAACCUGACAAGCGAGUUGGAAACGCAUGCAAAGUAUCACCCUCAACUUGAUGCGUUCGAGGCUUCCCUGUAUCUCAAGGACAGCGAUAUACCAUUCGCUACUUUCAACACCCCCGCUAUCAAGGCGGACAACGGCACUGUCAGCCAGGUGCUGCAACGAGUCGAAAUCCAGAACUUGACGGAGUUCACUCGAUAUACGAUGGUGGCGCUCGCGAGCGAGGAGUACACCAUAUACCUGCGAGGGAAUGGAGGUCUCAAGCAAGGCUCAUUGCCAAAGACUGAUGUAGACUACAACCAAGAGGUCCAGAUGAUCGGACUGAACGGCCUGAAGGGACUUGAGGUCACCGAAUUUCAUCUGUUGACCGAAAGUCUCGCAGACGGAAGCAAUGCCAUAGGCAAUGUCACCGUUCCGAAUCCGAGUGUGAUGACUCUUGCGCUUGGCGACGUUUCUUUCGACAUGAGCGUGGAGGGUACAUUUAUCGGAAAUGCAACCAUGCCAGACCUCACUCUGCGACCAGGGAACCACUCCUAUCCAAUCCACGUCACCAGCAACCAGACACGUGUCGCCACAAUCAUCCAGCGGCCAGAGUAUCAUUGUGGUGUUUUCCCGGUGGACAUUGCAGGCAAGCAGAGCGUGUAUGGCGGGCAAGUACUGCCUUACUAUACCGAGGCUCUGAUGCACAACGAUUUGACGACAAUGUUGAACGUUUCGGCUGCAUUGAAUGAGGUCGGUUUUGGUUUCGCACUUGGUAACUGCACAUCAUAA